AGAUCGCAACUUGAUUCAAAUGCAGAGAAUGGAACACUGUGGUCACCGAACCCAACCCCCGCAACGCCUCUACCGCGCCUAGAAAUUCUCCAUAAAGGUUAUGAACAGAAUCGAUGAUGAAGGGCAGCCUUGGCGGAGUCUAACCCUCACGAGAAACGAAUCUUACUCUGCAAUAUAUUUGUAUGAACUAAUUAAUUCAUAUUAACUCUAUGAACUGUAUUAAAAUACACAAAAUACACUGUAUUAAAAUACACAAAUUAUAAAAAAUGUUAAUCACAUUUGUAUUUGAAUAUUACUUACAUGUAAAUAUUUAUAUAUCAAUUACAUUAUUGACAUCUAGGUUUGAAAUACAAAAGUAAGUUUUUAAUAAAAUGUAUAAUAUGUUUUGAUCAUUUGAUUGACUUAUUACUUGUGUAAAGUUGUAAGCAGACCCAUGAAACUCUACUAGUGGUCUUCGGGUGGCGCCACAGUCCUCCAUGCUGAAAGCCGCCUCAGCUAAUCAGCUUAUUUGCGUCUUAAGAGCUCCCAAAAAGGUCCGCCUCCACCUCUUCCUCUUGGCCACUGUGCAAGAGGACGCCAUGUACCGAAUGUGCCAGGACGAGAGCUCUAUUAGCUCCUCUUUUUGGUUCAGCGAGGAGGAGCAAGGGACCGAUGAUGACAGUCCGAAGGUCCACACUGGAGAAGAUGCCAGCGACGAAGACACCGGUACUGAUGAAGAUGACAGUUCGGAGGUCCAAACUGGAGAAGAUGCCAGUGACAAAGUCACCCGUACCGACGAUGAUGACAGUCCGAAGGUCCAACCUGGAGAAAAUGCCAGCGAAGAAGAUGCCACCGGUGAAGACACCGGAAGUGACGAAGAUGACCGAAGUGACGAAGAUGGUGAGAGCAACAAAGACGGCCGCAGUGACAUCACCUCCGGGAUGACAUCUGGUUACGGCACCUUCAGACUGGAAGAUCAGCAUGUAGGAGAAGAGCAGGACAGUUGUGGAGAAGGUUACCAGAUGAGAUAUGAUAAAGAGGAUGCCGGCUCACGGGACAGCUUUUAUGAUGACGCCACACAAGAGUCAGAAGACGACGAAGCGGACGGUUCUGGCUUCAACGUUCCUCAUGAAGACCAGAAGAGACCAGAGAGCCAGCAGCCUCACUGGGAUCUAAACGGUGACACCAAGAUUGAAGAUGACUGGAAGAAACCAGAGGAGUACCACCAGUCUUACUGUGGUCUCCACCCUGACACCAGGAGUAAUGAUGAUCAGAAGAAACCAGAGGUAGCUCACCAGUCUCUCUGUGAUCUGCACCCUGACACCACGAGUGAAGAUAUUCCUCCUGAAGACGAGGAGAAACCAGAGAAGUCUCCCUAUGAUCUCCAGCCUGACAGCAAGAGUGAAGAUGACAAGAAGAAACCAGAGAACCAGGCGACUUACUGUGAUCUCCUUGACGCCAGGAUAGAUGUUACUCAUGAUGAUGAGAAAAAAACAGAGGAAGGCCACCAGUCUCUCUGUGAUCUCCACCCUGACACCACAAGUAAAGAUAUUCCUCCUGAAGACAAGGAGAAACCAGAGAAGUCUCACUAUGAUCUCCAGCCUGACACCAGCAGUGAAGAUGACAAGAAGAAUCCAGAGAAUCAGCGGACUCACUGUGAUCUCCACCCUGACAUCAGGAGUAAAGAUGUUCUUCAUGAAGACAGGAGGAACCACCAGUUUCGGUAUGAUCUCUACACUGACACCAUAAAAGACUGCCUUUUUCAUGAAGAUGAGAAGAUGAGAUAUCUGAAACCAGAGAAGAAGCAGUCUCACUGUGAUCUCUACCGUGACCACAGGAAUGAAGCUAUUCCUCAUGAAGAUGAGGAGAAUCCAGAGAAGUCUCACCAUGAUCUCCACCCUGUCAUCAGGAGUGAAGAAAUGAAACUAGAGAACAAACUCCAUGAGCGCCACUCUGACAUCAGAGGUGAGGAUGUUCCUCGUGAAGACGAGAACCACCAGUAUAUCCCUGAGCUCCACCCAGAAAGCAGAAAAGAUAAUCGUGUCCCUUAUGAAGAAAAGAUGAAACACAGGAAACCAGAAAGGAACCACCAUCCUCACUUUGAUUUCUACCCUGGCACCACAAGUGAUGAUGAGACAGGUGGAAAUCAACAUGUGCGGGAUGAGGCGUUCCUAUUGGACCAGGAUGAAGCGGUGGCCGCUCUUCUGCUUGGUGAGGGCGAAGAACGCAUCGGGAAGUGGGACAAAAACUCUCGCCGCCACGAUGCAGAAGAAGAGUCCUGCAACAAGGGCGCCAAGUUUGUUGACUUAGGUGCAGACUUUUUCAACUUGGAGUUGGACGGAAACGUCAGACGCCAGGAUUGCUCCACUUUCCUGCAGGAUCGUCUGUCUGCGCUACGCUUACACGAGGCGGAAAAUGACAAAGCCAGUGUCCUGAGCGAUGACAUGGAGGGAGUCUCCCUCAGCACCUUUGGAUCCUUCGUCACGCACUCGACACGAACAAGUAGCGAAAGUGACUUCCGCACGAAACCCAAAUCCUUCAUCCGACCGGUCAUGACGCAGCAGACCUUCAAGAAGGAUGACCCGGUGGCCAAGUAUUUCCAUUACAAGCAGCUGUGGGAUGGGGUCAGCAUCCCUGGAGAGCGAGACCACCGGGAACUUCGCUGGGAAAUCAGGGAGCGACUCGCGUACCAGCCGCCGGCUCCCAAAGCUCGCAGGAGUUACGUGGCCAACAGCUACGUGAUUCCGACGGAAAAGAAGCGAUCGGCUCUGCGGUGGGAGGUCCGCAACCGCAUGGCGCACCCCGAGCUACCUCACAAGUUCACGUACCGCUUUUAAGGACCUUUUCCAAUAGCUUUAAUUAAUUUUAGUGACAACAUGCAGCAACACAAGCAAAGGAAAGAACAGGAAAUUGCGUCGAACGAAGAUGAUACAGGACAUGGAGUCCCACUUCAGAAGUUCACAUAUCGAUAAUGGGACCUUUUAAAGUCUUUUUUUGCUUUUUUAUUUUUAUUUUUGUGAGAAAAAGCAGGAACAGGAAGUGAGGUGACAAAUCAAGGCAACAAUGCGCUGCAACAGUAACAUAGACAAGAUGCAGGACAUUUAGUCGUACAUCAAGUGGAGGACCCUUUUUUAUGCCCUUUUGCUUGUUUUUUGGUUUGCAGGAAUAAGAAUGGCGGUAACAGGACAGAAAACGAAAUAUAAAGCAGGAACAGGAAGUAAGGUGAUCUCAUGCAGGUUCCACACCAUCCAGGAAAAGAGUCCUAUUUCAAUAAUUUAAUCAUCUAUUGUCGGACUUGUUGACGGCUUUAAUGCUUGUUUUUCUUUUUGCUAUUACAACUCGCAGUAACAAGCACAAAGGUAAGAACAGGAUGUGCCGGUAACAAAAUAUUAGAACAAAGUGAGGUGAUUAAAUGCUGGAACAAGAGUUCACGUAAUGAUUUCAGGGGCUUGUAACAUUCCUUAGCUUUUUGGUGACAAACAGGAACAAGCAUAAAGGCUAGAACAGAAUGUGAGAUGACAAAAAGACAAGAAAAAAAAUGACAAGCAGGAAUAGAAGUAACAUGCAGGAACAUGAAUAUGGAGGACAUGGAGUCCUACCGCAUGAGCCCCUUUCACAAUGUUCAGUGUUAUUUUUUGUUAUUCAAGUGACAAGCAGGAACAGAAUAUUAGAUGACAAAGUGAGCUGAGAACACGUUCAAGUUCACAUAUCCAUUUUAAGCCCUUUUCGCAUCUUUAAGGUUAUUUUUUUGACAAACAAGAACGCUCUAGACUUCGAAGUUCACACACUGAUUUGGGGGUCUUUACGUUUGUCUUUUAAGUGAUGAUAAAGCGUAGUUGACGAAACAGGAACAAGAACAUGCAGGAAAAUUAAGUCAAUUUUUGGCCUUCAUGUGUUUGAGCUUGUUUUGUUCACAAAUAAAACAUUUGUUAUUGUCA